UGAGAACAAUAGCAACAAUGGUACUAAUAGUACUAGUCACAACAUGCACCACUUCAUGGAAAUGGGCAUGGAUGUUCACAAGGUUGUUCUACCCCCAUACAGAAGCACCUUCCAGAAGCUCAAGGCCAAGCUCAAGGAGAUCCUCUUCCCUGAUGACCCUUUGCACCAGUUUAAAGGCCAAACCUCCAAGCAAAAAUGGAUUCUUGGGGCUCAGUAUGUGUUCCCUAUACUUGAAUGGGGUCCUAGUUAUAGCUUCAAGCUCUUCAAAUCUGACAUUGUUGCUGGCCUCACCAUUGCUAGUUUAGCCAUCCCACAGGGAAUCAGUUAUGCUAAGCUGGCUAAUCUACCUCCCAUUGUGGGCUUAUAUUCAAGCUUUGUUCCUCCUUUGUUGUAUGCUGUUUUGGGAAGCUCGAGGGACCUUGCAGUAGGGCCUGUUUCUAUUGCUUCACUGAUAAUGGGAUCAAUGCUUAUGGAAGAAGUAUCUCCCACUAAAGAACCUGUCUUGUUCCUUCAACUAGCCUUCACUUCUACUUUCUUUGCUGGUAUCUUGCAGGCUUCUCUAGGAUUUCUAAGGCUUGGAUUUAUUAUUGAUUUUCUUUCAAAGGCCACUCUUAUUGGCUUCAUGGCUGGUGCUGCUGUAAUAGUUUCUCUACAGCAGCUUAAAAGCCUCCUUGGGAUAAAAAAUUUCACCAAGAAAAUGGCUUUGGUCCCUGUUUUGACCUCUGUCUUUAAAGAAAGGAAGGAGUGGUCAUGGCAAACUAUACUCAUGGGUUGUUGCUUCCUUGUCCUGCUACUGCUCUCCAGACACAUUAGCAUGAAAAAGCCAAAGCUGUUUUGGGUCUCAGCAGGUGCACCUCUGGUGUCUGUGAUCCUCUCCACCCUAAUUGUGUUUGCAGUCAAAGCCAAUAACCAUGGCAUCAGUGUGAUUGGAGAGUUACAGAAAGGGUUGAACCCACCUUCAUGGAACAUGUUGCAGUUCAAAGGAACAUAUCUAGGACUAGUCAUUAAGACUGGGAUUAUCACUGGGAUUAUUUCUCUCACUGAAGGUAUUGCAGUAGGAAGGACUUUUGCUGCUAUAAAAGACUACAGGGUCGAUGGAAACAAGGAGAUGAUAGCAAUUGGCAUCAUGAACAUUGUUGGCUCCGCUACUUCCUGUUACAUUACAACCGGUUCAUUCUCGCGGUCAGCUGUGAAUCACAAUGCCGGAGCAAAAACAGCAAUGUCCAACAUAGUAAUGUCAGUGACGGUUAUGGUGACACUGCUCUUCCUAAUGCCGUUGUUCCAAUACACACCAAAUGUUAUAUUGGGCGCAAUCAUAGUGACUGCUGUGGUUGGCCUCAUUGAUGUUCCAGCUGCUUAUCACAUAUGGAAGGUGGACAAGUAUGAUUUCCUUGUCUUGGUAUGUGCUUUCGUGGGAGUCAUAUUCAUUUCUGUCCAAGAAGGCCUUGCCAUUGCUGUUGGAAUAUCGGUUUUCAAGAUUAUGCUGCAAGUUACUAGGCCGAGGACAGUUGUUUUAGGAAAUAUACCAGGGACAGAUAUAUUUAGAGACCUGCAGCAUUACAAGGAUUCAACAGCAACUGUCCCUGGUUUCCUCAUUAUAAGUAUUGAAGCUGCAAUCAACUUUGCCAAUACAACGUAUCUCAAUGAAAGGAUUUUAAGAUGGAUAGAAGAAGAAGAUGACGGGGAAAAACGUUCAAGCAUUCGAUAUGUUAUUAUAGACAUGACAGCCGUGAGCACCAUAGACACCACUGGUAUCACACUUUUUCGAGAUUUGAGGAAAUCACUCAAAAAAAGAGGAGUUGAGCUGGUGUUGGUAAAUCCACUGUCUGAGGUAAUGGAGAAACUGAAAAAGGCAUAUGAAGGCGACGAGAUCAUGAGACCAGAGGCCCUUUACUUGACAGUAGGAGAGGCCGUAGCGUCAUUGUCGAUAUCAAUAAAGAAUCAAGCUUCAAAUGUAUACAACGAGGGAUGGCAGAAGCAGCAGCAGCAUGAGAAGCAGAAUGUGAAUGAGAGUUCCCAAAGUGAAUAGCAACUUGACAAAGACAGCAGCCCAAAAUAAGAUUUUCAAAUACCGAUCAAGUGAUUAAGCAUUAUUAAAAUUUCUACAACUAUAUUUAGAGCUCUGUGUGACUCUUGAGCUUUUCAUCUGUUAUACGUCUUUCAGUAUCUCUGUAAUCUGCUCUUUAGUUUUACCAAGUAGCCUUGUAGUUUUUACCAUGUCUAGUAGGUAAUGAUAAUCUGUUACCUUUGUGUAGUUAACAAAUUUUGUUUGGUCCUGUUUCAGUUUCUCUAGUGUGAUA